GCCAAAUUGAUACCGGUGAUUCCCGUGAAAAAUUGAAGAUCUGGAAUAGAAAGGAAAUUUUUAUUUUCCUGCGUCGCGUUGGAUAGAAGAAACACCAAAAAAAAAAAAACCAAACCAUCUGAACAUCUGAAGACUCUGGCUUGCAUAAAUGGCUACUCUGAAACACUCAAACGCACAGAUACCAAUUGUUAACCGUACCAACAUCAUCAUCGUCGUCUUGUUGUUAUUAUUAGCUGAGAUUGAUGAAGCCCAGGUUACAAUUCCAGAUAAGUAUGAUGGGUUUGUUUAUUCAUUGCCGAAGGGUCCGGAUUUCAUAUCCAUCGAAGCUUUUCUCGACCCGGUUUGCUCAGACAGCAGGGACUCUUGGCUUCCACUUAAACAACUUGUUCAUCACUACCCUUCUUCUAUCUUUCUUAUUGUUCACCCCUUCCCUUUACCUUACCAUGACAAUGCUUUUAUAACGUCGCGGGCUCUACACGUUGUAGACAAGAUCAACAGUUCUGCUACUUUCGGUUUAUUGGAGAAGUUCUUUGAGAACCAGGAGAGGUUCUACAAUGCUCAAACCUUCAACUGGUCAAGGGCAUCUGUUGUUGAUCUUGUCGCAAAGUUUGCAGCCAAGGCAACUGGUCUGUCCAAUAAGUCAGCUAUUCAAGCUGGUUUUGAGGACAGCACAACUGAUCAAGCAACAAGAAUUUCUUUUAAGUAUGGCUGUUCAAGAGGGGUCUUUGGGGCUCCAGUCUUUUUUGUUAACGGGUUUGUAUUACCUAAUCAGGGCACACCUGUUGAUUAUGAAACAUGGAGAAGCAUAAUCGAUCCAUUACUUGACAAGAAGGGAAUUACUAGACAGGAUCUUGUACAAUUCUCUUGAUCUGGUAGAACAUGUUUCUGGCAUAUCUUUUGUUUUUAACAGGUGGUGUUGUCUGUACAAACUCAUUUUAUUAGCAUUGUGAGAAUAAGUGAAAUUAUUGUUGUAAUUUGUACCCGUGCAGAAAAAAAUAAGCCUGUUAGUUUGUCAUGCUCAUAAAAUGUAUUUAUUACGGUGAGUUGCAGUAUUAUUUUGAUUUUUUCCUGUAAUUCAUUCUAAACCAAUAUAAGGUUAUUAUUCUUA